GAUUGAUAGAAAAGUUAGAUUGCUCUAUAAACUACCCAGACGAAUCGAAUUAUAUAAACUUUGAAACAAUUGACUUAGUAUUCGAUGAUAAUGUUGGAUAUGUUGAUGCACAGGAAGAGGAAGAAGGUAGUUCUAAAGAUUGA